AUGUGGAAGCCGGAAGCGGUGUUUGAUCUGAUCGAGUUUAAUCAUGGAUACUUCAUUGCCAAGUUCGAAUCGCUGAGAGACUAUGAAUUCGCAAAGUACGAGGGGCCAUGGAAGAUAUUAGAUCACUAUCUUGUGGUGCAAGAAUGGGAGCCCAAUUUCAACACAAGAAACAACAAGACCACAAAGCUACUAGUAUGGGUGCGCUUUCCAUCCUUACAAGUAGAAUACUUUGAGGAAGAUUUCCUCAUGAAGAUCAGGAAAGACAUCGGGCAUCCGCCAUUACUGUCAAGAUUUGUCCUGAAUGAAAAAGAAUGGCCAAUCGAGUACGAGGGAAUCCAUCUUGUAUGCUUCAACUGUGGAACAUAUGGUCAUCGACAUGAGCAAUGCGGGAAAAACGAGAAUGGGAAUGAUAUUUCAGCAGCACGCGAGGAAACGAGAACCAACACUAAGGUGGAUGACUCCGGACUAAAGCAGAACGACCCAAGGAAAUACGGUUCUUGGAUGUUAGUGUCCAGAUCGAAUAGAAGAGGAUGCCCUAGAACUUCUAGCCAAGCUAACAGAGGUGUGGCUUGGGGAAGACGGCCGGAACAACCAGGAACUAGAGAACAUGGGUUUGAAGGAGUUGAAACUCAGUCAAGAUUCGCCCCCUUACAAGAUCUUGACCUUAAUGAAAUGGCUCAAGAUCAGGACGUACCUGACCAAUCCUUACCAAUGCAACAGCGUACAGACCUACUGCCUAGAAUCAGAACGAAUAUUCCAAAUGACCGGACUCGCCCGGAGCAGAGGUCACCGUACGUCACGCAAAGAGCUCUCCCUCAGCCUGUUGCCCAUGGACAAGUCCAGCAAGCUAAUCGUGGAGGCUACAGAGGGCGUGGCGGAAGGGGUGGCAUCCCCAACCGCGCUGCGGCGGAGCCCCAACACACAGUCGUCAGAGGCUCGACUAGAGGAAAAACCAUAUCAACAAUGGUGGUCUACCAUAAUGAGGGUGGUCUCAAUCCUCCCAUAACAAAUUGUCUUGCAACAGUGUUCAAAGAAGCACCCCCGGACACUGAUCGCAACUCCACCAUGAGAACAGACCAAAUAAAUGAAGCCAUGGAUGAAGACCAGUAUCUUGUUGGCCAGGAUGGCCAAGUGGUGCCCCUACACCUACGCUCUUAG